AUGGCUACCACUUCUCACAUGUUCAUGUACUCCCUGACGAUCCAGCCUCCUACUGCCGUCACGCAAGCCAUUCUGGGUCAGUUUGCAGGGACCAAGGAGCAGCAGAUCGUCACGGCGUCCGGCUCUAAGCUCACCAUCCACCGCCCUGACCCGGCACAGGGCAAGGUCACCCCGCUAUUUUCGCAGGAUGUGUUUGGUAUCAUUCGCUCCCUGGCCGCCUUCCGUUUGGCUGGAAGCAAUAAAGAUUAUAUCAUCAUCGGCUCGGACUCGGGACGUAUUACCAUCAUUGAAUAUGUGCCCUCCCAGAACCGAUUCAACCGGAUUCAUCUGGAAACAUUCGGAAAGUCUGGGGUUCGCCGUGUAGUGCCGGGUCAAUACCUAGCGGUUGAUCCAAAGGGCAGAGCUUGUCUGAUCGCUUCCGUCGAGAAGAACAAGCUUGUGUACGUUCUCAAUCGGAACUCGCAGGCCGAGCUGACGAUCUCGUCCCCGCUUGAAGCUCACAAACCCCAGACGUUGGUUUUCAACGUGAUCGCCUUGGAUGUCGGGUAUGAAAACCCGAUUUUCGCCGCGCUGGAGGUCGAUUAUUCCGAGUCUGAUCAAGACCCCACUGGACAGGCUUUUGAAGAGGUUGAAAAGCUGCUGGUGUACUAUGAGCUCGAUCUCGGUCUGAAUCACGUCGUUCGGAAAUGGGCUGAUCCUGUCGACCGUACGGCGAACAUGCUCUUCCAAGUGCCUGGAGGAGCCGAUGGGCCCAGCGGUGUUCUGGUGUGUGCCGAGGACAGCGUCACCUAUCGGCAUUCCAACCAGGAUGCGUUCCGGGUGCCAAUCCCUCGACGCAGCGGCCCCACGGAGAACCCCGAGCGCAAGCGCACCAUUGUCGCGGGUGUCAUGCACAAGAUGAGGGGCGCCUUCUUUUUCCUGCUCCAAACCGAGGAUGGCGAUCUCUUCAAGGUCACUCUUGAAAUGGUUGAGGACGACAACGGCCAAUUGACCGGUGAAGUCAGACAGUUGAAGAUCAAAUACUUCGACACGGUCCCGGUUGCCUCGAAUCUGCUGAUCCUGAAGAGUGGUUUCCUUUUUGUCGCCAGCGAGGCUGGAAAUCACCACUUCUAUCAGUUUGAGAAGCUGGGUGAUGAUGACGAAGAGAUCGAGUUCACCAGCGAGUCGGUCUCGGCGGACCCAACGGUCCCUUGCGAUCCCGUCUACUUCCAGCCGAGGGGUGCGGAGAAUCUCAAUCUGGUCGAAACGAUCAACUCCGUGAACCCUCUGAUCGACAGCAAGGUUGUCAAUAUUUCUGAGGACGAUGCCCCGCAAAUCUACACCGUCUCUGGAACGGGGGCUAGGAGCACUUUCAGAACUCUCAAGCAUGGAUUGGAGGUUUCGGAGAUUGUGGAAUCCGAGCUUCCUAGCGUGCCUUCAGCCGUGUGGACGACGAAACUCACUCGGGCUGAUGAGUUCCAUGCCUACAUCAUUCUGUCCUUUGCCAACGGCACUCUCGUGCUCAGCAUUGGCGAGACUGUCGAGGAGGUUACCGAUACUGGUUUCCUCUCUUCAGCUCCCACGCUUGCCGUUCAGCAACUCGGAGAGGAUUCUCUCAUCCAAAUCCAUCCCAGAGGUAUUCGCCAUAUUAUGGUUGAUCGACGGGUGAACGAGUGGCCGGCGCCGCAACAUCGUUCGAUUGUCGCGGCUGCUACCAACGAACGUCAAGUUGCCGUGGCUCUCAGCUCGGGGGAAAUUGUGUAUUUUGAAAUGGAUGCCGAUGGAACCCUUGCCGAGUAUGAUGAGCGACGACAGAUGUCUGGCACCGUUACGUCCCUCAGUCUGGGCGAAGUCCCCGAGGGCCGUAUGCGAAGCUCAUUCCUGGCUGUCGGAUGUGACGAUUCGACAGUCCGUAUUCUCAGCUUGGACCCAGACUCAACUCUAGAGAACAAAUCCGUCCAAGCUCUUACCGCGGCGCCAUCCGCCCUUGAAAUCAUCUCAAUGGCCGACUCAAGCUCCGGAGGCACCACACUCUAUCUUCACAUCGGUCUUUACUCCGGUGUCUAUCUACGCACAGUCCUUGAUGAAGUUACCGGCGAACUUUCCGACACUCGGACAAGGUUUCUGGGCUCCAAAGCCGUCAAGCUAUUCCAAGUUUCAGUCAAAGGACAAACGGCGGUCUUGGCCCUCAGCUCCCGCCCCUGGUUGGGCUACUCUGAUAUCCAGACCAAGGGCUUCAUGCUUACUCCGUUGGACUACGUGCCACUCGAGUGGGGCUGGAACUUCUCGAGCGAGCAGUGCGUGGAGGGCAUGGUCGGAAUUCAAGGCCAAAACCUACGGAUCUUCUCCAUCGAGAAGCUGGACAACAACAUGCUCCAGCAUUCAAUCCCUCUUUCAUAUACCCCCCGUCGCUUUGUGAAGCAUCCUGAUCAGCCAUUGUUCUAUGUGAUCGAAUCCGAUAACAAUGUUCUGUCGCCGUCCACGAGAGCCAGGCUCAUUGAGGACUCCAAGGCGCGAAAUGGUGACAGCACUAUCCUCCCACCCGAAGAAUUUGGCUAUCCCCGUGGAACCGGUCAUUGGGCAUCGUGCAUUCAGAUCGUUGAUCCCGUUGACGCCAAGGAAGUGGUUGCGACUAUUGAACUCGAGGAGAACGAGGCAGCAGUCAGCGUUGCGGCUGUCCCCUUCACCAGCCAAGACGAUGAAACAUUCUUGGUGGUCGGAACCGCCAAGGACCUGAACGUCAGCCCGCCCUCUUCCGCGGGAGGAUUCAUCCACAUCUACCGGUUCCAGGAGGAUGGUAGAGAGCUAGAGUUUAUUCACAAGACGAAGGUGGACGAACCCCCUCUGGCUCUUCUUUCCUUCCAAGGUCGUCUUGUGGCCGGAAUUGGCUCUAUCCUCCGCAUUUACGAUCUCGGUAUGAAGCAGCUUCUCCGCAAGUGUCAGGCCCAAGUGGUACCGAAAACCAUCGUUGGUCUUCAAACUCAGGGCAGCAGAAUCGUUGUCAGUGACGUCCGCGAAAGUGUUACCUACGUCGUUUAUAAGUACCAGGAGAACGUCCUGAUUCCCUUCGUGGACGACUCCGUUUCUCGCUGGACGACAUCGACCACUAUGGUGGAUUAUGAGACCGUCGCCGGUGGUGACAAGUUUGGUAACCUGUGGCUGCUGCGUUGUCCCAAGAAAACGUCGGAAGAGGCCGACGAGGAUGGAUCCGGCGCUCAUCUCAUUCAUGAGCGUGGUUACCUUCACGGCACCCCCAACCGUCUGGAGCUCAUGAUCCAUGGGUAUGCCCAGGACAUUCCGACAAGUCUGCAUAAGACCCAACUUGUGGCCGGUGGGCGUGAUAUCCUUGUGUGGACUGGAUUCCACGGCACCAUUGGAAUGUAUGUGCCGUUCAUCAGCCGAGAGGACGUUGACUUUUUCCAAAACCUGGAAAUGCAGCUAGCGGCACAGAAUCCCCCUCUGGCUGGACGUGACCAUCUGAUCUACCGGAGUUACUAUGCGCCCGUCAAGGGCGUGAUCGACGGCGAUCUGUGCGAGACGUAUUUCUUAUUGCCUAAUGACAUGAAGAUGAUGAUUGCAGCUGAUCUGGACCGUUCGGUUCGAGAAAUCGAACGGAAGAUUUCGGACAUGCGAACGAGGGUGGCGUACUGA